CAGGUACCUCCCCAAAACAGCAUCAGUACCCGCUAAUCUACUGUUAGCUAUGUCCAAGUGUUGAUAUAUGGCUGCUGUUACAUUAAUGUUAGCCCCCCCAUUCAUUCUAAUGUACAGCCGAAUGGUUGGUCCAUUCACUAACUCUCGCGAUCACAUGCGGGGAACAUAAAUCUAUUGUUGUUACCACUAUGACGAAUGUGCUAGCUAAACCGCCAUGGGACCACUGUUACUACGUACGACCUGGAUACCUGAUGUCAACUGCAACUAACAGUAUUGAGAACAUAAAGAACUUUGAAGUGAGAGAUGAUGAUGUCUUCAUUGCGUCAUAUCCAAGAUCUGGUACAUACUGGUUAACUAGAGUUGUACGAGCAAUUAAGACAUUGAAUAAGUCAACCAUGGAUGUCGAUCAUGCAAUUAUGGAUGAUCUGUUUUUCACACUAUCAUGGAAACCCUUUCCGGAUUCCCCAGAUUCAUCCAAAUAUUCUUCAGCCCUCGACAAAUAUAAUAAAUGCUCAACAUCAUCACCAAGAACGAUAGGAUUUCAAAUGUUACCAGAGUUCUUACCAACCCAAUAUUAUGAAAAGAAACCAAAGACAAUCUAUCUCCAUAGAAAUCCCAAAGACGUGGCUGUUUCGUGGUAUUUUUACCAUUUAACCUCUAAUUUUUUGGGAAAGCCGACCAGCUGGGAGCAGUAUUUUGAAGAAUUCCUGAAAGGAAAUGUUGAAAAAGGUUCUCCUUUCGAAAACAUUAAACAAUGGUGUAAAUAUAAAAAUAAUCCAGAUUUAUUAUGGAUCAAAUAUGAAGACAUGUUAAAGGAUCCAAAGAAUGAAUAUUACAAGGUCGCACGUUUUUUGGACAGACCUAUGUCUGAAGAAGAGAUGAAGGUUGUUAUGCAUGUUUGUGAUAUUAAUUACAUGAAACAGUUUUUUAAACGUGACCCAUUUGCACAAAAUAUAAUGACAGAAGGGCAUAAAUAUGUAAGGCAAGGAAAUACUGGCGACUGGAAGAAUUAUUUCACUGUGGCUCAAAAUGAGGCAUUUGAUAAAGUGUAUCAUGAAGAAAUGAAAGGAUAUGAAGACUUGAUAUAUCAAUUUUGA